CGAAAUAGUUUAACGAACGUCACAAUUCAAUACAAGAACACGUAUUAAAUUAAUCGUCUACAACGAAAUUAUAAGCACGAACAAUAUGGGACCUAUAAUCAGGAUGUCAUCUUCUGGUACGCACGGCACGGGCGGUGUUGGUUGCUGCUGUUUUAGAUGUUGCACGUGUAUACACGUGGAGUUCUUUAAAUCAUUGCCAGGAAUCAUAAAAAUUUGUGAAACGGUAAUCAGCGGAUUAAUUCAAAGUUUACUUAUAAAUUAUGGCUUGAGAUACAGUUCAUCUAUUGGAUCGGCUUUUGAAGGGUCAUUGACCACGGCAUCCGCCUGUUUCCUGAUUUCCGCUCUGUUACUCGCUUGCUAUACAAUUUCUGAAAAAUCUUACAAACUAAUUCGUGCUUCACUUUUUGAAACGAUGUUCAAUUGUUUAGCCUGCUUCUUAUAUUUAUGCUCGGCACUUUACUUAGCUUUUGCUACUAAAUUAUUUCUGAUGAUCCCGUAUUAUAUGAGUCCCGGCUUCGACGUUUAUCCUGCCAUGACAGCCACUUAUAUCCUAAGUGGCGUCGUGGGAUUAUUACAUGGAGCAGAUGCUUAUUGGUCCUAUGUGCAUUACAAAACCGGAAGAUAA